ACACACACACACACACACACACACACACACCAACCCCACGGUUUAAUUAUUUUCCCUUAACAAACUUUAACGUGUGCUGCCUCUAUGUGGAGAAGAGUUGUUAUUACAUGUUCCAGGUCUGGUAUGACAAGCCGGGUCCACAAACACAAAAGCACAUGCCUACAGUACACCUUUGUCUGCUCGUCCAUUGUCUAGCUUUCUUACUCUACUUUGUGGCCGUUUACAAGAACACCUCAUAAAACAAAACCAAAAACAAUGGUUAGACAGGUGCAGAUAGCCAUGCAGUCAGAUCACUGAUUUAGUGUUCCACAGAUGCUAUGUGGAGGAGCAAGGAAGAUGUUCUGGCUUGUGCUACUACAGAAUCGAAUCGUGUAGGGCAAGACUUGGAUACAGCAUACAUCUGUUCUCAAAGUCACAGGGUUGGGUAUGUAUUGAGAAUUUGGAGAGUUUGAGGCACUCUCUAGUCCUGUGCAUAUUCCAGUCGAGCAUCUUAGAUUUAACCCAUCAAAGCACAGUUGUAAAAGGGUACUACUUUGCAUGUCAAGGAAUAUUUUUCCAGAGCCCAAUGUCAUGAACGAAUGUCAGACAGGGUUUUCACUCUUAAUGUAUGACUAUCCCUGACAAAAAUAAAACUGAAUUUCCAUGACUUACUACAGUAUAAUGAAUGGUACAAUAUACCAACCAGUGAUUUCAGACCAGCCAUGUAGUGUUCAAGAAUCUUUUACUACGUUAGAGUGGGAAGUGAAUAAGUGGGCAUUGAAUAAACAAAGUGGGCUACUCAAGCAAGCAGUAAAGCCAAUAACCAGAUAUACUGUACACCAGUUCUGUGCAGAAAUAUUUGUAUUUUGGCAAAUACAUUUUAGACUGCUAACAAAAUUCCCUGAAAGUUUAUGCCGUUGCCAUUAACAAAUUAAUUCCCUGACUUUUUUAUAUCUGGAAUAGACUUUUCAAAAUUCAAAUGAUAUUCCAGAAAUUCCAUGACUAGAGGGGACCCUGAUCAGAGUAGAUCCACUGAUUACUGAUUUUUGAUGUUACUGUUUUUGUUUUUAGAGAAAAACACAGCAAAAAAACAAAAACAAAUUGGAUCAUGCGGAUCAUCAGACAUACAUCUUCUGUUUAAAUCAUUAUUGGACUCAUGGAGCUCCAUUACAUAGCCCAGACAUCAUGGAUGCUUCAUUAGAUCUUAAUCUAAUAAGACACAAGUGGGUCUGCCAGAAUAGGCCCUCAAACCACUCCAAGGGGGUCAGUCCAGAGGAUCGGCUAUCUCUCAGCUCUCCUGCCUCAACCCUGAGAUCUUUUAAUAGCGCAAGGCAACAGCUGUCUUUUAGUCCACCGACACCCUCCUGACACACACACACACACACACACACACACACACACACACACACACACACACUACCCUCUCCUGCAGCGCUCCUUCAGUCCAACCUUCUCAAUCUCACAAAUGCACACACACACACACACGUGCAUACUCAUGCUAACACACAAACACACACACACACACACACACACACACACACACACACACACACACACACACACAUAUAAAUUCCCAGUCCAGCCGUCGGCCAUAAGCUAAGUCAUGGCAGACAAGAAGAGUGCGCCCGUGGUUAGGAGGAAGGAGAGGUUGGUGGACAAGAAGAAGGAGGCGAAGGCGGAAGUAAAGGAGAAGGCGAAGCUGGAGGUAAAGGAGAAGGCUAAGGAGGACAAGGCCAAGGAGAAGAAGCCGGCGGAGGCAGCGACGAACGGGGAGGCCGCCGUCAACGGGACCAACGGGGUAGGAGCUGAAGGGGAGGCCGCGGAGAAUGGCGAAGUCAAAGUGGAGCCCAUUGAGCUGCCACCCUUUGAGAUAAUGUCGGGCGACCGGAUGGACCCUUUCUUCUACAAGUUCCAGUUUAAGAACGUGGAGUACUCCUCGGGCCGCAACAAGACCUUCCUCUGCUACCUGAUGGACCCUGGCAAUGACGGGCUGCUCAUGCGAGGCUACAUGGAGGACGAGCACGCCUCCGACCACGUGGAGGAGGCCUUCUUCCAGCAGGUGCUGCCCUACUACAACCCCAAGACGAAGUACACCGUCACCUGGUACAUGUCGUCCAGCCCGUGCGCGGCCUGCGCCGCCAAGGUGGUGGAGAUCCUGAAGGCGCGGCCCACGGUUCGCCUCACCAUCUUCUCCGCCCGCAUCUUCAUGUGGGAGGAGCCGGAGAUCCAGGCGGGGCUGAAGGCGUUGGCGGCGGCGGGCUGCAAGCUGCGCGCCAUGAAGCCGCUGGACUUCACGUACACCUGGGACACGUUCGUCGACAACGACUGUGACACCUUCACGCUGUGGGAGGACUGCCAGGAGAACUACGAGUUCUACCAGGAAAAGCUGGCCGAGCUCCUGGAGUGACAGGCCCAGGAGAUCAGUUGGAAAGGAUCAUGAGAAAACACCUGUCAAUUCCUUUACAACAACUGUGGAGCUGUAAUGCACAACUGUAUGUGUGUGUGUGUGUGUGUGUGUGUGUGUGUGUGUGUGUGUGUGUGUGUGUGUGUGUGUGUGUGUGUGUGUGUGUGUGUGUGUGUGUGUGUGUGUGUGAGAGUGUGUGAGAGAGAGAGAGAG